CACAACACGGAAGUGCAAGCCUAGCCGCUUUCCCAUUGACCAUGCCUCUGUCACCUGACUCCACGGCACACGCCUUCCAGUUGAUGUUAAGAACUUGUUUUCUGAUUGGUAGCAAAGCAACACCUCGUGACUUCGCCAACGCCCGCCCAGUCUGAGCUCUUAUUGGUUGAGAUGCGGCGUCUUCACUGCACUUCCGCCAGCGGAUCCCGUGAGCCCAGAGCUUCUUAGAUCAGCUCCACGCUAUGGCGUCUCAGGGUCGUCGGAGGCCACCGCGGAGGUCAGGGACGAUGGUGUCGGGGGAGGCGGCCGAGACGGACUCGGAGCCUUCUGCGUCCUCAUCGUCGGAGGAGGAGCUGUACUUGGGUCCUUCGGGCCCGACCCGCGGCCGCGCUACAGGGCUGCGGAUUGCAGGGGAGGCCGCGGAGACCGACUCGGAUACGGAGCCGGAGCCCACCGCCGCGCCCACGGACCUACCUCCCCUUGUGGUGCAGCGGGAGUCGGCGGGAGAGACCUGGGGCACGGAGGAGGUCCCGGCGCCGGCGCCUGCGCGCUCUCUGCUGCAGCUCCGGCUGGCCGAGAGCCAGGCGCGACUGGACCACGACGUGGCGGCGGCUGUGAGCGGUGUGUACCGCCGUGCGGGCCGCGAUGUGGCCGCCCUGGCCGGGAGGCUUGCAGCCGCCCAGGCGGCGGGAUUGGCGGCGGCCCACAGCGUGCGCCUGGCGCGAGGGGACCUUUGUGCGCUGGCGGAGCGCCUGGACAUUGUGGCUGGCUGUCGUUUGCUUCCGGAUAUUCGUGGCGUGCCCGGGACUGAGCCCGAGCAAGAUCCGGAACCUCGGGCCUAGCUGAGACCUUCCUUCCUCAUCAGACUCCCUAGGACCUGGCUGUCUCUGUGUCUUCUGUCACCUCCUGCCUCUCCAUUUUGAUGUCACCUGGGAUCAAGCCGGCCCACCUCGAUAAUGCUGUGGUUUCUUCUCUUGUCCUCACCAUGCUCAUGGGACUGGUAUUGGGUUCUGAGCCGCUUCUUGACGGGUCCAGCCUGUGGUAAAUAUCUGGCCCUGUUUCUGUUUCCACCCUGGGUUCACAGCCCCCCCCCCCCACCUUUGCCCCCUGCCUUUCUGAGUGUUUCUGCCUGCAGGCACCUGGGCCCUGACAUUCUCCUUUACAACCUUGUUCAUACCCCACCCCUUAGUACCUCUUUGGAAAGUUUGUUCCCUUUCACUGGGUCCCUUUUCUGCUCCCCGGCGAUGUGGCUCUUAUUCUUCUCCUAGCUUCUUCUCAGGUUUAGCUCCUCCUUUUCAUCUUUCCUGAGUCGAGCUGGUCCCCAGGGUUAGAGUUUGCUUCAUUUCUUUGCCACCCUGCUUGUGCUGCUUUCCUCAUCCUGUUUCUUUCCGCAGGCCCAGAGUGGUGGUGACUCAAGGUGGUCCCCCUCUUCCAGACUCUUGGACCAAGGCAGCAUCACUGUCAGACCAGGAAUUCUAGCCGAGGUGGUGCCACUCCUGACCCCAGGCCGCAGGUGACCACUUCAGGUACCUGGGCCCAGUUCUGCCCCACCCUGAUGCUUUAGGCUUAGGGCACAGCUUUACAAAGAAGCGACUUGCCAUUCACGCUGGUUCCUGGACCCAAAGACAAACUUCAGACCCAGUGCCAGGGCUGGGUUAUGUUACAGCCUCUUUCUGUACUUUCUCACCUGCGCCUUUUUUUUCUCACUUGCACCUUUUUUUUUUUGUUGGUACUGGGGAUUAAAUUUAUGACUUGUGCUUGCCAGGCAGGUGCUUAUGCCGUGGAGCUAAAUCUCCAGCCCCUCACCUGCCUCUUUUGAUCCCAGGGCCUCCUCACCCUUUACCUCAGCAUUGGAAGCUGAGAUCUGAGCCCCCACAAUAGAGGAAAGGGAGGAGAGUUCUUUAGGGCAGACUCAUUAAAACUCAAAACACUCCCUGUUGUGGUUACAUGAUCUUGUUUCUCCACCUCUGUAGUGGUGGGUUUGUCAGUGGAUAGGGCUGAGGUGUCUGAAAGGAGAUUGGGAGCUUACCCAGCUUCCAGGAUAGCUUGUGACUUAUGUCACAGAAAAGAAUUAGAGAAGCCAGGGAGGAGCACAGAAAAGUUUGUUACGCAAAAUUUAACAGAGGCGCUCUCAGAGGAGGGUUAUCGUCUAGGCUGGGGUUCCUAUAUGGUCUUGGGGUUUCUCAGGGUGCAUGAUGUAGGAUGUGUGUGCCUGCUUUCAGGCUCCUCAUUUGGGGCUUUGUUAAGAUGCAAACCCUUUGAGAGUGUGUGCCAUUUAAGGUGAUGCUGUCCACAGGCUGGCACUGUCUGCUUGAGGAUGGAGGCCUGGGACGGGGGGAACACUGUUUACCGCUCUUUAAGAUCCUUAGGAUUUUUGGUGGAUUGGUGGUGCACGCCUGUCAUCCCAGCACUCGGAGGACUGAGGCAGGAGGUCACUGGGAGUUCAGGACCAGCUUGGGCUGCAUAGUGAAUUCAAGGCCGACUUGUACCACAUAGUAAGACCUUUGUUACCUUGGUACCCCCCCCCUCCAUCCCUUAGGAUUUUUUUCUUUGCCAGAAAAGGAAAAGGCCAUUGUAACUUUGUGUAACUUUUGUACACAGAAGCUGUAGUUUUUCUUAAAAGUACUAUUGGGGUCUGGCUGCGAAGGUCAGGCUUGCCUUGGACUUGGAAAUUCUUCUGCCUCAGCCUCUUGAAUACUGGCAUUACAGGCAGUGCCACCACACCUGGCUUCUAAAAGGACAAUUUUCUUUUCUUUUUUUUUUUUUUUUUUUUGUGAAGGCCUUGAGUUCAAUCCUCCCUGAGUCUUGGGGGUGGGGGGGGGAAGAGUAAAAGGACAAUUUUAAAAUUACAGUUUUCUUCUAUCCUACCACAGGUUAGUAAUUUGUCUGAAAAUCAGUGGGUUUUUUUUUUUUUUCCAAAACCCCUCUGUUUGACUUAUUGAAGAUGAAAUUAUAAAUGGUAAAUCACAGUCUCAUUCUGCCUUGCUUCUAUAUUUAUCUGUAUUCAGUUAGUUCACAAUACAUUUUUGGGUAUCCGUCCUCUGCUGUGUGCAGUGGUACUUCUGCCAGUGCCUGCCCUCACAGUCCAGGAGGUGGUCUGCUUGAGCCCCCACCCUGUGGCCUACAUCCAGUGCAGACUGGUGAUCUGAUUGGUUUCGUGUUUGUCUGUGAGAGUGGGAAUGUGCCUUAGCUUGAAUAGUUUCCAUAGUUCGGGUGCUGUGCAGGGGAAGUCUCUCAGGCAGGAAGGCGCCUCAGAUCUGCAGGCCACAAGGCUGGGCAGAAAGGACUGUAACUCUGGAUAAAGCACAAAGCCAAACAAAACAAAACAACCAAAAUGAUACAGGACCUCAAAACAGGAUAAUAGAAAAUCAACUGUUGCUACCAUAAUGCCUCUUGUCACCUUUAAAAUAGUUGCCCGUACCAUUAGACACAAUAAAAUCCAUAAAACAGAACAGAAUAAAACCAAUCAAAGCAAAACCUUUGAGUCAAACAAAACAGUAAAAUGAAGUGAAACAAAACGACAAUAUUGGAUUUCAAAAACAAGACAGAAGAAAAUCCCCCAUAGUUGCUGUAUUGCAUAUUGUUGUUCUCUAAAUAGAAGACUACUGGCUUUAGGCCUGCAGAGUCAUCCAACAAUAUAAACGUUAAGUUGUUUUUACCUCAGUUGUGUCAGCUGUGUUCCUCCGAGAUGGCUGGUUGUGGGGCAUGACCCUUGUCUCCCAGCCAGAGCAGAGUCUGGCUCACAGGAAGGGCGCGUCUUUCUCCUUCCAGCCUACAGUCUCCAUUUAUAAGAUACAAUUUUUUUUUUUUUUGGUGGCACCAGGGAUUGAACUCAUGACCUUAUACUUGCCAGGCAGGUGCUUAUACUGCUGAGCUAAAUCCCUGACCCCCACUGUAGUCUCCAUUUAAUUAUUUUCCUGUAGUUUGCUCUCUGAUUUUUCUUUUUCUUGUUUGUUCUUUUUAUUUAUUUAUUUUUUUGUUGUUGGUACUAGGGAUUGAACUCAGGACCUUGUGUUUGCUAAGCAGGCGUUUGUGCCGCUGAGCUAAACCCCUGGUCCUUCUUGUUUGUUUUUUUCUAGCACUUUUAUCAAAUACUGUUAAUUUCCUUUUACUCCUCCGUGGGAUCCUUUAUUUCACUUUUCUCACCUUCUCAUCUUCCAUUGCUUAAAUUUAAAAAUUUUAGUUUUUGCUGGGUGUGGUGGCUCACAUCUGUAAUCCCAGCAUUUGGGAGGCUGAGGCAGGAGGAUCGUUGCGAGUUCGAGACCAGCCUGGGCUACAAAGUGAGCUCAAGGCCAGCCUGAACUACAUAGAGAGACCCUGUCUCAAAAAGACAAAACAAAACAAAACAAAAUUUAGUUUUUCCAUAUUCCUGUACUCCAUAUCCUCAUUUUGUUUUGUUUUUUUCUUUGGGAUAGGGUCUCUAUGUUGCUCAGGCUGACUUUGGACUCUCAGUGACCCUCCUGCCUCAGCCUCCUGAGUGGUGGGAUUAUAGGCAUGUGCCACUGUGCCUGAAAACCACACCCUCUGUCUUUAUUACUAUAUGAAUCCUUAUUACUUUAUGAAUCUUAAGGUAGUCAUAUGUAGGGGCUGGGGAUUUAGCUUAGCAGCAUAAGCACCUGCCUUGCAAGCAGGCAGUGGUGAGUUCGAUCCCUGGUACUGAUAAAAAAAAAAAGUCUUAAAAAAAAAGGUAGUCAUAUGUCAUUAUUGUUGAAUACUGUUCUGUUGCUAGUGGAGGUAAAGUUCCAUUUAGCAGAUAUUUACUAUGGGUCAAUAUUUGGUUUAUCUUAAGGUUUAUAUUGUAAUCAAAGAUCUCUUUUCUAUGGUUAAGAGUGAUACACACUGUUGGUUCUCAGGGUAUGUCAAUCUCCAGUUUGUCUUUGAUGCUGUUAUCGUUCGUGAUUUUAUUACUAUAGCUAAGGUGACAUAGUUGCUGUCUGCUGGUUUUCUCCGUAUGCCAGUCUCUGGAUUGCCUUUCCUGGCAAGCUGGGUACUGAGCCAAAUAAACCACAUAAACCCACCAGUAAACACAGGUGGAGGAAUUCCGGAACAGAAGCAAAAGCCUAUAGUUAACCAUACCCAGAAUGCAUUACUGGAAAAUAGACACUAAUUAAAGAGGUUUCCAUACUAGCAACGAAGUCUUUCACUAUAAUCAACCGUCAGUAUUCAGCACAGAAAACAAACAAAAAAUACAAAUAUGAAAAGACAAGGUGACAGAGUGUCUCCAAAAACUGCCAGCUCCCCCAAAGCUGAUCAUGGCACAUCCAGGGGGAAGAAUUCAAAAACCACACAGCCGUAUUUAUUUGUAAGGGUAGAAGAAGAGAUUAAGAAACUGAUUACUCAGGUGCUUGUCCAUUUCAAAGGUGUAACCUUUUAAAGGAUAGUGACCCUUGUCGGUGUCACUCCCGGCCGGCAGGAAGGACACACAACAAAGUCUGGCAGUGGACAACCUUUUCUUUUAUUUUCCUUCUCCGUACAGCCUGCCCCGGGAAUCCUCCCGGCCGAAGCCUCUGUUGGUCCGCUCCCCGCGGCUCCUUGCGUGCUUCUCCCUACAGUCUGUCCCGAAGCCUCUACCGGUCCGCUCUCCGCGGCUCCUUGCGUGCUUCUUCUGCUUCUUUUGCUUCUUUUUCUUUUCUUGGCGGGAGAGGCACUCACUUUUAUAGGGUUACAGUGGCCAACCAGUUCAAAGCGCGCGAUGCGGGCUGAUUGGCUAACAUCAGUUGUUGCUAGGCAGACUAUCUUACAGGGCGGGUUGUGAAGCAGGAGAUCUUACAGGGCGGGUUGUUUACCAAGCAGGAAGCAGGAGAUCUUACAGGGCGGGUUGUUUACCAAGCAGGAAGCAGGAGAUCUUACAGGGCGGGUUGUUUACCAAGCAGGAAGCAGGAGAUCUUACAGGGCGGGUUGUUUACCAAGCAGGAAAUAAGCGCCAUCUUAGCACACUCGAUGGGAGGGGUAAUCUAGCUCAGGCUUUGCUCUUUCCUACAGGCCUCACGUCCGCCAAGUAAGGCGACCGGGCUCGGCCGCGGCUCCCAACAGACCCUGAUAAAGGAAGUGAGAAGGGAGUCUACAGAAGACACUAAUACGAAACUAGCCGAGCUAAACCCAGUGACGUGAAACAUGAAUGUCCAGCAUAGAAAAGGUUAGAUAGAUUUUAUUUGCCCUAGAACAAAGAAGAUUAGUUAUCAUUGUGUAUCUAAUUUAUGAAAGAGAAAUGAUCUUGAAGAAAAGUUCCAAAUCCCUCUUUCCAGUAAAUAAACCUUCUCAAAUUGCUAGGGGAAAAAGUAUGAGCAGAAGUGACAAAUGUGAGGAUAGAGACUCAGAAUUAGGAGAUGGGUGUUGUUUGUGCCCAAUUAACAAAAGAUACCUCAAAAUGAGAGCAUGAACAAUGGAUUCAACAUCUGCUAGAUGAUACAAAAUAAUAUUAGUUGGAACUAGUGAAAAAUUAGCACAGACAGCAUUCAAAAAAACUUUCAGAAAAAACAGUAGAAGGUGGGUGUGUGUGUGGGGGGGACACACCUGUAAUCCCGGCACUUGGGAGGCUGAGACAGGAUUGGUGCACCAGCCUAGGCUACCUAAGUUGAGUUUUAAGGCCAGCCUGCACUACAUGUUAUGACCAUGUCUCAAAAAAAAAAAAAAAAAAGUAGAAAAUUUUCCAAAUGUGGGAAUAUAACAUGCAGAUAAUUGAGGCAUAUAGUAUCCUAAAUAGCCAUGGUUAAAAAAGAACCUCUCCACAUCAGUCAAAAUCUCAGAAGUCCUAACACAAGAACAGAAUCUUAAAAGUAUUCAUAAAAGAUCAGAUGAACAUCAAUACAAUUAUAGUGGGUGAUCUUAAUAACCACAGUGUCACCAGUGGAUCAACUAGACAAAAAAAUCAGAGUUGAAACAAGCCUUUGAACAAAAGUACUUAGCCACUUACCAGUAUAAUUAUUUAAAUACAGGUUGACCCAAAAUUAGUCCAUCUCCAAAAGUUGCCUAAGUGCUAACAGUCAGCAUUGCUGAAAAGUCCAAUCAAAAGUCUUUUCUGAGACUGAAGGCAAACUCUUAGCUUUGAGCCCCGGUACAAAUGAAGAGAAAGUUAAACACUCCCAGCAUGCAAUGGCACAAGAUCAGUAUUACCAUUCCGAAAGGCACUGACAGGGACACAAAGGAAUGGGACCAAAGCAAGUCCAAAAUCCAGCAAGAUAAAUGUUCCAUGUGCCGUUCCAUGUGCAGCAGCCGUGGCAAGACAAGAACUCCAAAGCUCCACCGUGUGACAUUUCAGAUGGUUGUAGCUCCCGUGGCUUUUGUCUUGUGCCUGUUCUGCUCUCUUUCCAGUGUUUUCUCAGGUGACUCACCUUCCUGGCUCCUUUAAACUUCUGGGGUGUCUCCUGCAACUUUGGCUUCCCUUCAGAGCUUCACAUGCUGCCCUCUUGGGCCCACUGCUUGGCCUCCGAGGCCUUCUUUUGAAAUCUGGUAGAGGCCUUCCUGACCCCACAACUCUUGCAUUCUUCAUGCACCUAAAAACAGCACCAUGUGGAUGAUACCAAGGUCUGUUGCCAGCUGGAGCAGUACCCAGGCUUCCUUUUCAAUUGGCCUGUAGCUGUGGAGCGCCUGGAUGAUUAAGCACUCUGAAUCGAAAUUCCAAGGAACAAAUUCUCCAGGCCUCUGCCAUUUUUUUUUUUUUUUUUUUUUGUACCAUGGAUCAAACUCACUUCUGCGGGCUCACAAGGCAGGCGCUUAUGCCGUUGAGCUAAAUCCCCGGCUCCUCUGCCAUUCUAGAACAUGCUAUUCUGUGGCUUUCUUGUCAAAGCAAGUCACUUAAGCAAUUUUGACACUGCAAAGUAGAGUCCUACUGCUGCUUGUGAUGCUUUCAGAUCCAUCUUUUUUUUUUUUUUUUUUUUUUUUUUGGUACUGGGGAUUGAACUCACGACCAAACGCUUGCAAGGCAGGCUCUUACGCCACUGAGCUAAAUCCCUGGGCCCCAGAUCCAUCUUUUCUAUUCUGUCCUUCAGCAAUCAAGAUCUCUGCCGUAUCUUUGCAGUCCACAGCUUUACUGGAGCUUCCUUUUGGGCCAAACUCACAAUGUUUUAAAUCAUUCUGCUGGGCUUUUUUUUUUUUUUCCCCCCUUGCUGGACUCUGUUCUUGAUUCUCAACAUAAAUCUGUUUCUUUUUUUUUUUUUUUUAAUCGGUACCGGGGAUCGAACUCACAACCGCCUGCUUGCAAGGCAGGUGCUUAUGCUGCUGAGCUAAAUCCCCAGCCCAAUUCUCAACAUAAAUCUGGUUAAAGGUCCCCAACAGUAGCCAUGCCAUCACCUCAGCUUUCAACUGCCUUGAAAUGUUUUCUGCAAGAUUAGUCCUCCGCCCUUAAGCUCAGCCUCAGGCAAAGUUUCUGACCAUGAGCAAAAUGUAGAUAAACCUUUGGCCAAGUCAUAAAACUCAUCACCUGGAGUCCAACAGCAGUGCUGUCCACCUUCCAAGCAGAAAACUGAGCCUGAUCUUUAUCAGCUUUCUGGUUUUCUGACCAGAAUCCACCAUUCAGAACAGCCUCAGGUGUUCCAGCUAUGCUUUUUCAGCUGGCAUCUCCAAACCUUCCCAAACUUUUCCCAUAAGCCAAUCUCAGAGGCUCCUGAAACGUGGUCAGGUAGAGUCACAGCAACGACCCCACUUCUCUGGUACCAAAUUCUGUCAUACUUGCUGCUGGGACAAAAUACCUGACCCCCAAAGUCAAAGGUGGAAAAUUUUAUUUAGCUUACAGUUUGGAGAGGUUUUUGUCCAUCAUCAGCUGGCUCCAAGGCAGGGUGGCACAUGACAGAGGGCAACAGUUCCUGGUGCCAGAAGAGCAAAAGCAACGAGAGGCAGCAGAUCUAAUGUUAAAACAGAUGCACUUAAUCAGCUAGUAGGUAAAAUUUGUAAAACUCUUGAAGACAUAACCAUAGGUGAGUUCUGAACAGAAGUCCUGUAGCACAAGAAAUAGUACCAAGAAUCAACAAAAGGGAUCAUAACAGACUAAAAGCUGCAUAGCAAAAGAGACAACCUACAGAAUGGGAAAAAUUUUGCCAGCUAUUCCUCCAACAGAGGACUAAUAGCCAGAUGUAUAAAAACUCAAAAUUAGCUCCCCGUCCCAAUAAAAGAUCCAAUUAAAGAUGUGUGGCAGGGGGCUGGGGAUUUAGCUCAGCGGCAUAAGCACCUGCCUUGCAAGCAGGCAGUCGUGAGUUCGAUCCCUGGUACCGAUAAAAAUGAAAAAGACCAAAAAUAAAAUAAAAUAAAGAUGUGUGGCCACAAUAAAUGGACACUGCUCAGAAGUAAAAAUGGCCCAUAAAUACAGGAAAAAAUGUUCACUAUCUCAUGAGAAAAAUACAAAUUAAAACAACAUGGCGAUUUCCUUUUUACUCCAGAAAGAAUAGCCAUCAUCAAGGAAUCAAAUAACAUGGGCUUGGGAUUUAGCUCAGCAGCACAAAUGCUUGCCUGGCAAGCACGAGGUCAUGAGUUCAGUCCCAGGUAACAACAACAAAAAAAUCAAGUAACAGAUGCUGUUGAGGCUGUGGGGUGGAGGGAGAAGGAACCCUUCUACAUUGUUGUUGCAAAUGAGUUACAGCCCCUAUGGAAAUGACUGUGGAGAUUCCUCCAAGAGAGAAAAAAAAAGAUUAAAAUUAGGAAUUGCAUUUGGCCCUACUAUUCCCCUUCUAGGGAUCUUCCCAAAAGUUACAGACAUUAUAUUACAGUGAUACACGUGUAUCCAGGUCUAUAGCACUGAAAUUCAUAAUAGCUAAACCUUGACAGCAACCCAUCAAGAGAUGAAUGCGUAGAGAGUAUGGUAUUUGUGCAUGAGGGAGUAUUACUCUGCCAUAAAGAAGGAUAAGCAUGUAGGAAAAUGGAUGCACCUUAAGACCCUACUAUUAAGUGAAAUAAAUCAGACAAAUAAUUGCAUUUUUAUAUGAGAAACCCAAAAUACUAAUAAGCAAAAUAAAGGGUAAGAAGUAGUAUGAUCUUUUUCAAAUGGUAAUGAAAGAAAAACCAUACCAGGGAAAUUGUUCUUUUGAAACUGACUAGCACUGUAACUGCUUCAUGGCUUUGUAAUUACUUUCUUGACCCCUGUAACCACGAGAGCAUAACCAAACAUGCAGGAUGCCUGACUGUACCAAGCUGCGUGACCGUUAGUCUAGCCCUGUAACUGAUGGUCUCACCCUGCUGUCUCAUCAGAACUGCCAGGUCCUUCUGGCUUGCCUUUGUCCCUCCUGCUCAUGCAUCGUAUAAAAGCCCUAGACCACCAGAGAUCAGGGCCUGAUAUCUUGGAAAUGAUCUCAGCCAGUUCCAUCAAUGUAAAUAAACCUGCCUUCAAA